AUGGCGAUGAGGACACCGUCGGGGAUGGGGGGAGGGAAGAUGCUGAGGGCGGUGGGGAGGGCGGUGGGAGCGGGCGUGGGAGGGGUGAAGGAGGCGAUCGCGGCGGGGGGCGUGGGGAGGCCGGGGAAGCCUGCGAGGAUCGUGUGUGUGGCGUCGUCUGGGGCGUCCUCGCCGGCGUCGGCGUCGUCGCCGACCUUUGCGGCCGCGUCGGGGCGGGUGCCUGGGUGGAGCUCUUAUGCGUGUUUCGGGGACGGGGAGGAGUGGGAAGCGGUGGGGGAGGAGGAGGUGGAAGUGGAGGAAGAGGGGGAGUUGGGUAAGUGGGGGUUGUUGGAGCGGUUGGUUUUCGGGAGGGCCCCGUCCAAGGAGGAGGUCGAGGAGGCAGUCUCCACCCUCCAGCAGAUAUCUGUGCCUUCCACAUUUUCUCAGACAGAAGAUGGACAUCCUUCUUAUCUGGGUCAGGUUGCAGUUGAUAAAGAGAUGAUUCCAACAACACCACAGAAAGCUUCCUCAAUUGAAUCUUUAACUGAUUCAGAAUCUGAUUGGAUUGAACCUGCUUGGCACCUUUACAGCUCAAAUACUUUUCAGUCUAAAGAACGUGAGAAAGUUUUUGAUGCAUUUCGUUUACUGCAGAUAAAUCCAUCUAUUCAGAGGAUGGUUGUUUCAUUGUCAUCAGAUGAAGCUGUCUGGGAUGCAGUUAUGAGGAAUGAGGUAGUACAAGAACUCAAGAAAUCUUUCCAUGAAG